UUGGGGGGCUUUCGUCACUGCACUGGUAUUUACGUUUUUGUUCACUUGUUGCUGCCUGAAAAAAAGCAAAUUUUUAAUAUUUUCCUGCAAAUCGAGCUCAUCAAAACGUAAUUAGAGAGUUCUCUCAUAUCGACGUCUUCGCUCAACACACAUACGCACGCCACAAUGAGGGAAGAUAAGUAUUUUUGCUGGACGACAAUCGGCAUCAGUGCCAUUGUAUUGCUCAUCAUUGCGGUCCACAAUGCUCAGUCCUGCAACGAAAUGGUCUGCGGAAGUCAGGUUUCCAAAUGCAUGCUAACGCAAAGUUGUCGGUGCGACUUGAAAAAUUGCAGUUGUUGCCGCGAAUGCAUACAAUGUCUGAGUUAUAUGUACAGCGAGUGUUGCAGUUGUGUUGAUUUGUGUCCAAAGCCGAAUGAAACGCAAAACGAACUAUCGAAACAGUCGUACACCGACGAGUUGGAAGGCAUUCCAGAAUAUUUCACAACGAUUGCCGGAGGUGGUACGGAUAUCACGAGCGAGUGGCAAACAUUUACAUUCCCAGUGGAUUAUGAUGCCUCGUUGUAUGGCGAUAAGUUGGACACAAACAUCAAAUAUGUGAUGCACUCUACAGACCAAGAUUUGGACGCAAAAAUAAAAGAACGUGAGAAAAUAGUUACAGUCAAUUGUACUGUCGUCUAUAUGUCGCAAUGCAUUUCGAACAACAAAUGCAAAGAAAGUUGUCAGAGCAUGGGAGCAAGCAGUUAUCGAUGGUUCCAUGACGGCUGCUGCGAAUGCGUGGGAUCAACUUGUGUCAACUUUGGCAUCAACGAAAGUCGAUGUCUGUCGUGCCCCGAGAACAAAGAAACUUUCAAUACCGCCGAUUGGGAUGACGAUGUGCCACUUGAUCAAUAUGAUUACGGCGAAAAUAUGAAAAUAAUGGAUGUGAACACGGCUGAAAAGUAACAAAAAUCUAUUAAUAUAUUUUAAAAGAAACAAAUUUUAUAUAAAAAUGUAUUUAAACACACGCAAAAAAGUGAAAUUUAAUAUAAAAUAUUAUAUUGAUGUGCCUUAAACUCGAAAGAGAAACUUUAUAAAUGUAGUGAAAUAUGAAAUGAAAAAAAAAAUACUCGAAAUUUCUAUAGAAUUAAAGAAGAUGUACUUUAAUGCAAGAAGCAAACGAAAAAAAUGAAGAAUAAGUGUUAAAGAAUUGUAGAAAUAGGAAAAAAACAUCUCAAGUAUUAAAAUUGAAACAAAUUCCUUCCAUAUAUAUUCUCUAAUCACAAUCCAAUUUUUACAAAGAAUUUUUUAUAUUUUACAAUAUGAACGAAAGAAAAAAAUAAAGAUGUUGUUUGUAAAUAACUGAAAAUCAUUUUUUUGCCCGUUCAAACACAAACACGAAUUCUCCAUCCGUAGCUGAAGUCGAAAUUAUUCGAUAUCCGAAAUUUUCUGCCAAAAAGUUCCCAAUAUGCAAUGGAGUAUAGCCAGCAAUGUCAACAUAUUGUACAGCACGAUCGCUGGCAGCAGUUCCAUAGUUUUGCA